GGAGCAUGCGUAUUACGAGGCGGUCGCGGGGCUGAUGACAUAAAAGCCGGGCUCCGGGAAACGCCGGUACCAGUCGUGCUGCCGAGGCUCAGGGAUGGCGUGUCGCGGGCGGAGACCGGAGCACGGCGGGCCCCCGGAGCUGUUUUACGACAAGAAUGAAGCCCGGAAAUACGUGCGCAACUCACGGAUGAUUGAUGUCCAGACCAAGAUGGCUAGGCGAGCACUGGAGCUCCUUUAUCUGCCCGAGGAUCGGCCCUGUUACCUGUUGGAUAUUGGCUGUGGUUCUGGGCUGAGUGGAGAUUAUCUCUCGUAUGAAGGGCACUACUGGGUGGGCAUUGACAUCAGCCCUGCCAUGCUGGAUGCGGCUUUGGACCGAGAGAUAGAGGGAGACCUGCUUCUGGGGGACAUGGGCCAGGGCCUCCCCUUCAAACCAGGCUCCUUUGAUGGUUGUAUCAGCAUUUCUGCUGUGCAGUGGCUCUGUAAUGCUAACAAGACAUCUGACAUCCCUGCCAAGCGCCUGUACUGCUUUUUUUCUUCUCUUUAUUCUGUGCUGGUCCUCAGGCUAAACAGAAAGUUCAGUGGGCUGAGACUCCCUGAUGAAAUGCAGAAGACACUGAUGUCAAAAUCUGAGACUGAUUGCAAUUCCUCUGUCCACUAUGCCGAAUUUUUUUUGGUUCGUGGAUCCCGAGCAGUCCUGCAGCUGUACCCUGAGAACUCAGAACAGUUGGAGCUGAUCACCACCCAGGCCACCAGGGCUGGCUUUACUGGAGGUGUGGUGGUGGACUACCCCAACAGUACCAAAGCAAAGAAGUUCUACCUCUGUUUGUUUUCGGGACCUUCGACCUUUGUGCCAAAGGGCCUGAACGGAAAUGUGGAGGAAGAGGAGGCCGGGGAGUCCAGGUUCACGAGUGGGAGGAUCCCAUACCGGAUUGCGCGGCGGGGAGUGGUGAGGAAGAGCCGAGAGUGGGUGCUGGAGAAGAAGGAGCGCCGCAGGCGUCAGGGCAAGGAGGUAAGACCUGACACCCAGUACACCGGCCGCAAGCGCAAGCCCCGCUUCUGAGCGGCUGCUUGGUCCGCACACCCGCGAGCUGUGCCGUCAGCCCAGGCACUCGCCUCCACCAAGUUUUCUACAUUGAACUGCCUACUUCAGUUGACAACAUAGUGUUUUAGAAAAGUUCUAAAGUUCUAAAAGUUAUUUUUUUCACUAAAAAAUGUUCUGAGAGCAUCUUAUUUUGUUCUAAAAGCAAUAAACCACUUUCUGUGGCA